AAUGUGUGAAGCCUAUUUCUGGUGUCCCCUGCCGUGAUAUUGAUGGAAGAUUGCUAACAGCGGCGUAAAAUCAAACUCACUCACUCAUUUCUCUGGACAGCUCAUUUUUCAUCGUUCGAAGUUCGAUUAAAAUAUCAUCUUUCCCUGAAAAGACAUGUUGGAUUUGGGUUUGGCUUGUAGUUAUCGGUCCUGGGCUAAGCUCUAUGUCCCUCGAUAACAAGAACUGACAAUGUGUGUGAGGCACAACUGCUCCCAGACUCAACUACAGCACAGGUUGUACAACAAUCCGAAAUAUUCCGAAAUUACAAUUUCUUGGUUGGACUGAUUUUUUUUAUCCGUGCAAAGUUUGGUCAGGAAAUAUUGAACUGGUCUUUAUAUUAUGCUCCGCAAACGCGACGGGCGGAAAGAUGCACCGACUUCACCCAUUCCAAUGUACCAAAUUUGUGGCGGGUGAUUAGGAUGUGUGUAAUUGGGUAGUGGCGGUAUUCAGAAGAAAAUGUUCACAGCGUUAGUCACUAUUAAUGUUUAUCAAAACACACAAAAAUAACCCAUCAACGAUUCAUAUGUAGCACAUAAGAAAAUAUUACAAAAACAUAUAUCUGAGAUUACCCCGUUCAAAGUUUCCUGUCAUCCAAGGCGCCGCAAUUCGCUUAAGCGCCAGAAGUCUAUCCUCCACAUGAAGUCUUAGAUGAUGCAAUUCGCUCUGUAGAGUUGCGUCUCUUGGGCAAACAUGAAACCUAUGGUCGUGGGUUCGAAUCCCAGUUCGCAACAAUGCUGUUUCUUGGUUUUUCAGCGCCAUACCCGUCUUCGUUGGUUUCACCAAAGUGGUAAACGUCUGAGACCUGCAUCACUUCGGGCCUACCCCCUACAUCAAGCUGACACGCCGUGAUAUAACUGGAAUACUGUUCAAAGCAGCGAUAAGCCUAACUCAUUCACUCAUGUUCCAAUACUAUCCAAUAACUACAAAUGCCGUGACCGCAUUCCCGACCAGGUCGUUAUCAGCAGAGGAGAGAUAAGCGUGUCUACAGUUCGGCAACACACUGUGAGCAGCUAUAACUCUGCAAAUAGCUUGCGAAGGCGUUGUGACAUGUGAUUAAUAUGCAUUUCGCAAGGGGUACAUCGGUCGAUCAUAUACACCAGUGAGCAAUACACUGACCUCGACAAACAACAGAAACGACCAUCCUCGUGGUGUAUGGGAUUCAUAUACCCAACAAACAUAUCCACUGAGCAGUCUUCAUAGCCACGUUGCUAGGCGACCUUGCAAUCUCGCCAUCUCACGUAACACACGGGAUCAAGGUGUGACAUGUUUACAUUAAUGUAAGGUGGACAGAGGGACGGCUUAUCAAGCAACAUGGCCUUCUUUCGACAGCUCCGGCUGCUUAUGUGGAAGAAUUUCCUUCUAAAACGUAGAAAGAUUUGUGUGACAGUCUUUGAAAUUCUUUUACCUCUUCUGGUCGGAGUUAUAUUUUUCAGUAUGAGAUUUCUGGUAAAGAUCGAACAAAAGACAGCGACGGUAUAUUCCCCUGAUGAAGUGCUUCGACGAUUGUCGUACUUUGGCAACAAUGAGGUUCUGUUCACGCCUAACAAUUCCCUCAUCAAUGGACUUGUUGCGAGUAUUAACGAAACACUGAAACAUCCACUGGGCAUGCCUACGUUCAAAGGUUUUUCAUCGAGAAAAGACAUGCUGGACUACUUCAGUGUUAAUUUAAAAAGGUUUGCUGUUGAAUUUAAGAACGUUGCAAUGACAGAGAUGAUCCUGCCCAAGAAAGUGCGAUUGGCCAUUCGACCUAAAGGGAACGCUUAUGGUGGUGGUUGGCACACCAGAGAGACCACACCCUUCGUGGCUACUACUGGACCAAGAGACGAUUCCACUCCAGACUAUGAAUACUUUGUGGCUCUCCAGCGCAUGUUUCAUGAAGCCAUCAUCAAACAUUUUAACCCGAACUCAACUGCUAUACUGCAAGACCUAAAGGUUCAAAUGCUGCGAAUGCCAUACCCGCCCUACAUCGUUGACACUAUGAGUGCGAUGCUGCAGUACGUGUUUCCGGUGUUGCUGAUGCUGAGCUUCAUCCUGAUGGCCAUCCAGACAACGAAGGGAGUUGUUUACGAGAAGGAAAAGAAACUGAAAGAGUCCAUGAAGCUGAUGGGUCUGAGUGCUGCAGCUCACUGGACGUCUUGGUUCGUGACCAGUUUUCUAUAUGUGUUGGUCGUGGUGGCCCUGUACGUUCUGCUGUGUGGAGUAAAUGCAAGUGGAAAUGGGGCUGCUUUGGCUAAAUCAGAUCCCUCCCUGUUCUUUGUGUUCCUCCUCUGUUACGGCGUCUCCAUCAUCUCCUACUGCUUCAUGAUCAGCGUCUUCACUCAAAGGGCAAACAUCGGAGCAGCAGUCAGCGGGAUCGUGUUCUUCAUAUCCUAUUGCCCGUACUUCUACCUGCAGAUCAUAUACCAGAACAUGUCGAGGUCAGCUAAACUGGCUUCCUGUCUCCUGUUCAAUGUGGGAAUGGCGUUUGGUGCAAAGGUCAUAUCACUCUAUGAAGGAGCUGGCUCGGGUGUGCAGUGGUCUAAUUUUCAUGAGCCUGCUACUGUGGAUGACAACUUCUCCCUGCUGGACGCCAUUUUGAUGUUGCUAGGCGACACGGCAAUCCACCUCCUCAUCACCUGGUAUAUGGACAAUGUUUGGCCAGGGGAGUUUGGUGUGCCGAAACCAAUCUAUUUCCCCUUCACCGGCUCUUACUGGUGUGGAACUAAACAGACUAAUGCUGAUUGUUCAAGUACUCAGCACUUGGAUGAGAAGCACUUUGAGAGGGAACCAAGUGGUAUGAUGAAUGGAAUAUCCAUCCAAAAUCUUAAAAAGGUUUUCGGCUCCGGGUCUAAGCAAAAGGUAGCUGUGGACGGGAUGAGUCUCAACAUGUUCGAGGGUCAGAUCUCUGUUCUCCUGGGUCACAACGGCGCUGGAAAAACUACAACUAUGUCUGUCCUUACAGGUUUCAUCCCUGCAUCUGGAGGGACCGCCAUUGUGAACGGUUACGACAUCAACAACGACAUCCAGAGUGUCCGGCAGAGUCUUGGUCUCUGUCCUCAACACAACAUCCUGUUUGACAGCUUGACUGUCCAGGAACAUCUGGAGUUCUUUGCAAGUUUGAAAGGUUGUCCGAGCAAGAAUGUUCAAUCUGAUGUCACCACCAUGAUGAAUGAGGUUGGCUUAAGUCUGAAGAGAUUCACACAGUCUCAACAUCUAUCUGGAGGACAGAAGAGGAAGCUUUCUGUAGGCAUUGCUUUGAUUGGAGGAUCGAAGAUCGUGAUCUUAGACGAACCAACUUCCGGCAUGGAUCCUGCAGCCAGGAGACAGACAUGGGACAUCCUUCAGAGAAACAGACAGGGCCGGACAAUGCUGCUGACCACUCACUUCAUGGACGAAGCUGACCUUCUGGGUGACCGCAUCGCCAUCAUGGCAGAAGGGGUGGUCAAGUGCUGUGGGACAUCGUACUUCCUGAAGAAACUCUAUGGUGCUGGCUACCACCUGGUGAUGGUGAAGGAACCCACCUGUCAGGUGGCAUCAGUGACGGCAGUUGUCCAGCAAUACGUCCCUACAGCAGUCACGGAGAGUGAGAUCAAUGCUGAACUAUCCUACUUGCUGCCUGAUGAUCAGUCAGCCAAUUUUGCUGCCCUCUUCACGGAGAUUGAAACCAAGAGGGGGGAGCUUGGCAUAUCCAGUUUUGGCGCAAGUGCAACUACUAUGGAGGAAGUGUUCCUCAAAGCUGGAGAGCAGGAGCAAAAGGAGGAUGGAGAUGAAGAUUACCCAACAGGAUCAAGAAACAAUUUGAUAUCUAACGGAACAAAUAGUUGGAGCAAUGAAAUGAGAGAGAUGAUAACGGCUGAUAUAUUAGCAUUCAAUAAGGGUUUCACUAAAACCAGAGGAAUAAUGUUAGAGCUGUCUCGCUUUAGAGGAUUGUUUGUAAAGAAGGCUCUUCACACAUGGAGGAACAGGACCAUCACCAUUGUCCAGCUUUUGUUACCAGUACUUUUUACUGUUGCUGCUUUGAUUGUAAGCGAGGCAGAUCACGGAGAGGUAGUCGAGGUUCCGUUAUCUCUAGACUUGACACCAUUCAAAGGCACCUACGUCCCAUAUGAAGGUGGUCCAGAACAACUACCACAGCAACUUGCACAGGCAUACCGUGAUCAGUUUGCAGGAACUAAAAACAAACCUGAGGUGAUAGAUCUAUCGACAUAUAAUGUGACAAGCUAUUUCUUAUCAAGAGCAAACGAGCUUAGUAUCGGUGCAUACAACAAGAAAAUGAUCAUCGGAGCACAGUUCAAAUCUAGCAAAGAAGUAAUGAGUAUUUUUAAUGGACAACCUUACCAUAGCCAACCCAUAGCUUUGUCUUUCAUGAUGAAUGCAAUACUCAAACAUUUUACAUCUCAGGAUCAUUCCAUUACCACUAUCAACAACCCUAUUCCCCUUGAAGCCGCAGACAAUUCAAUUCAAACAAUUUCCUCAGUAUCUGCACUUGGCUUUUCUGUGGCCUAUUGUAUUGUCUUUGGCAUGGCCUUCCUGGCUUCAUCCUUCGUGUAUUUCCUCAUCAAGGAGAGACAGGUGGGCGCCAAACAUCUUCAGAUUGUUAGUGGAGUUGGACCAUUUGUCUUCUGGUUGUCCAACCUGGCCUGGGACUACAUCAACUACCUGAUUCCAUCCCUGCUGCUGCUGAUUGUGUUUGCAGGAUUCCAGUCGCCAGCAUAUACAGAAGAUGGGAGAUUAGGCAUCGUGUUCCUCAUCCUGCUUGUGUAUGGUUUGGCAGUUCUGCCAUUCAUGUAUGCUCUUCAGAAUAUGUUCAAGUCCCCUCCUACCGGGGUGGUUGUCAUCAUCAUCUUGAAUAUUAUUACAGGACUUGCCACUCUUUUAUCGGUAUAUAUGCUGACCGUGUACAGAAAGACAUCUGAGGCUAAAGCCACAGAUUGGAUGUUUCUCCUUAUUUUUCCUCACUACAACUUUGGCAAGUCAUUCAUGGAUAUGUACACCAACUACAUGUUCCUCGAUGGAUGUACAAAGCAAAACUACACCUAUAUGUGUGCUAUAUCACAGAGAGAUCCUUGCUGUAAAGACACUUGUGGGGACUACUGCUUUGAAUUUACUGAAAACUUCCUGGAUUGGGACUCUCCGGGUGUCGGACGCUAUGUUGUCUUCAUGCUGUUCCAGGCUAUGGUGUAUAUGUCUGUGACACUGUUCAUUGAGUAUCAGAUACCGCAGAGAAUCUGGUAUGCCUUCAGACCACAGGAAACAGAAAUACCACAACCCGGUGCACCGUCCUUCGGUGCAAUUCAACAAGUUCCAGAGGAUGGAGAUGUUCUCCGUGAGAGGCAACGCAUUGAUGAAUUUGCCAUUGGAGCUGGGAACUCAGAUGCAUUAGUCCUGAAGGACCUUUACAAACGAUACGGGAACUUCGUUGCUGUUGAUCAUCUGAGUGUGGGCAUACCUGAGAAGGAGUGCUUUGGUCUCCUUGGGCAAAACGGUGCAGGAAAGACAACAACUUUUAAAAUGAUGACUGGCGAUGUGAUGCUGACACGUGGAAAUGUCUUCUUACAGUCCUUCGACAUCAAGAAUCACACCCAAAAGAUGCAGGAGAACAUGGGCUACUGUCCCCAGUUUGAUGCUCUGAUUGAUCAGAUGACUGGACGAGAGACUCUUACAAUGUACGCCAAACUCAAGGGAGUGCCGGAAAACUACGUCAAAGGCGCUUGUGACAACCUGCUGGAUAUCAUGAUGCUCAGGCAAUAUUCAGACAAGCCAACAUCGGAAUACAGUGGAGGUAACAAACGUAAGCUGAGCACUGCAAUCGCUCUUGUUGGAGACCCGGCCAUCAUCAUGCUGGAUGAGCCGUCCACAGGGAUGGACCCCAAGGCCAGGAGGCAGCUCUGGAACGUCCUGUCAAAGGUCCGGGAACGUGGUAGGACCCUCGUGCUCACGUCUCACAGCAUGGAAGAAUGUGACGCUCUGUGUACGAGAAUUGCCAUCAUGGUGAAUGGGAGAUUUGUGUGUCUUGGAACACCACAACAUUUGAAGACCAAAUUCGGCCAGGGCUACACGCUGAUAGCUAGGAUGAAAACAGUUGAAACAGGAGUAUCAGAAGAAAGGGCUCCCGCUUUAACUGAACCUCUGGUGAACUUCAUCACAUCAACCUAUCAAGAAACCAAGGUGUUCGACGACCAUCAGGGCUACGUUCACUUCCAAGUUCCUUACAACGCCGUCAGUCUCGCCCAGGUCUUCACGGUGAUGGAACAAUCCAAGGCGCAGUUCUCUGUCGAGGACUAUUCAGUUCACCAAACAACCCUUGAACAAGUGUUCCUCUCAUUUACACGUUCGCAAGUUCCACCAAAGGAGGAUAAAACAAGCAUGCUAAAGAGAAUAUGCUGCUGUUUGCUGUUUAAUAAUGAUUUUCACAAACAAAUUGAAUAAUUUAUGUUCAAAAAUAACUGUCAGUGUCCGGUAUAUGUAUAUACACGCUCUAUGAUAUUUAUUGAUAAAUCGUUUUUAUCGAGGUGUUUUAUUGAUAAGAAAUGACAUCAGACAUUCAUUAGAAGACGCGCUGCCUUGUUGAAGUUUUAUAAUAGAAGUAAAUACAUACUCAUACCAAUUAACAGUAUUUCGGAUAAUAAUUCGAAACCAUCCACCACCGAAACGAUAACAGACACUACAUGUAUACAAACCCUGCUCACAAACCCAACUCAAAAUACCACACACACACCCACACACACACACACGCACACACACACGCACACACACACAGAUAACUAAACAGAAAACACUCACACACACCCAUCCUCCUCACUCACUCCCGUCCAUCCAAAAUACACCCUCACCCCUCUACCUCCGAUCCACACAAACACGAAACAUAAACACAAAAUACACACCACAUCCACUCACUCACCACAGCCCCAUACCAAACACAUCCACGCACCUACAAGAUACCGUUCAAAAGAAAGACCUGUGAUUUUAUCCAAACAAUGAAUUGGCAAAUAAAUGUCUACAGUGGCGUAGUGUAGAUUUAAGGACAUCGAGCGACUUCGACAUUUAGUAUUGUUUUUCAGAUUUGUCUGAAUUCUCAUAAUGUGUUCAACAUGACAAGGUCACUGGGCCUGAUUUUUUUCUCACCUGUGUUGCUCAUUUGGCAGGUAACUCGUCUUUUCGGUUACCUGAAAAUCUCGAUUUUUACCUGACAACGAUGACGAGAAACAUAACUGGGCCUAACUUAAAAACGAAUCUGUAUAUCAAAUGAAUUGCAUUUCAUUAUAUCAAUAAAUUGCAAAUGAUUCCAAGGCUUUUAACUGGCUAACCAAGAAAUCUUGUUUGCGUGGAUAAAUAGGCCACGCCAAUCACCUGACAGCUGUUCCUGAUUGGCUGAUAAUAGAAUGGGCGGGGCUAUUGUUGCAUUACUGGGUUGAACGAUGUCACUGAUUUCGAUCUUUGGCUACUGCUUUUUGGGGUCAGUGAUUGAAUAAGCAGCCCGUCAGUAAGAUAUUAUUUUUUAGUUAUUUAUGCAUAAGAAUGAACUUCAACCUUCCUCUUGAAGUUGUUCCGCACUGUCCGAUAUCCUUCACAAUCCUGGAAUUUCGGUAACACAAUUGGUCGUUUAUGCGUUUUGAUGACAUUUUUUUGGUAACAAAUAUUUAUGCUUCAUAAAUCUUCAUGCUUUACAAAUCGUAUAUGUGGUGAUGUCUUUCAUAUAUAUAUACUUUCAUCACAGGAUUGAACAGCUUGUAAUUCUCUGUAUUAUCCUUUUGUUCAAGACAGGCGAGUAAAUAACAAACAAUCAUGAAAUACUCACAUUCCUCACCAAUAGCAUGUUCUGUUGAGUGCAAGCCACAAGCCCCUGACCACAACAGCCGCCUGGCGCUUGUUUGAGUGAGAGAAUAUGGUUUUACGCCGCUUUUAGCAGCAUCGGGGCGGGGGACACCAGGAAUGGGCUUGUCACAUUCGAACCCUUGUCUUCGGAGUGACGAGCGAACGUAUUAACCACUAGGCUUCCCCCACCGCCCAGCCUGAAGAGUCAGAGACAUUGAAUCAAGAACUGAUGAUAAGAUACUGGAAGCUGACGGGUACCUUCAGCCAUCUCAGUCGGGCAGUCGUACUGUGAGGAGACUACUAGGAGCAGUGUCUAUCACUAAAUACAUAGGGCUUUCCGGGUUUUUACGAUGGAAUUAGAAACAAUAUAUGAUAGAUAACAAAUUGAAAGAAACAUGUUAGUCCGUAUAUAUUUUAUUGUUUGUGUACGUGUUUUAUUGUUUGUGUAUGUGUGUUUAGAAUAUAAUAAACAUUUUCUCUCUCUGAA